UACGUAGAGGAUAACCUUGCCGUCAUGUCCAUUGGCUUCCUACUCAGUAGUCCUGACGAUGCGGUUAUAUGGAGAGGACCCAAGAAGAACGGGAUGAUCAAGCAGUUCCUGCGUGACGUUGAUUGGGGGGAUCUGGAUUACCUCAUCGUGGACACGCCCCCUGGCACCUCUGACGAGCACCUGUCUAUCGUCCAGUACCUUAGCUCCGCCCACAUCGACGGGGCCGUCAUCGUCACCACCCCGCAGGAGGUAUCUCUUCAGGAUGUAAGGAAGGAGAUCCGGUUCUGUCAGAAGGUCCAGCUGCCCAUCAUAGGAGUGGUGGAGAACAUGAGUGGAUUUGUCUGUCCCAAAUGCAAGAACACGUCUCAGAUCUUCCCCCCCACCACUGGAGGAGCAGAGAGGAUGUGUGAAGAGAUGAACCUUACUCUGUUAGGACGAGUCCCACUGGACCCCAGGAUAGGUAAGAGUUGUGAUGAAGGGAAGUCCUUCCUGACUGAAUUCCCAGACUCCCCUGCUGCUGCUGCCUACCGCACUAUAGUACAGAGUAUCCAGGCCUACUGCUUGUCCCAUGUGACACGGGAGGAGAGUGCUGGCUAGAAGCCCGUCUGGAGGGAGCCAUGUUGCUCCUUGGAUGCCAGGGGACAGAUCACGUGUCAAGGGUCCUACUGUCUGGUGAAUUUUGUAAUAAACCAACAUGCUCUGGUUAAUAACUGAUCUAGGAUCAGCCCGCCCC